AAGUUACUUGGGUUUUUUGGUUUUUGUUUGCUUCGGGUUUUUUUGUUUGUUUGUUUUUUUUUCCUUGGCGCUUCCGAAGAGGCUGUAAAAUCUGCCGGGAGAGAAAGAGACGGGGGGAGGAGGAAGAUUUAGGGAAGAAAAAAAAAUGGCGAGUUGCAGGAGCAGCGUGGAGAAAGCAGCAUUUUUGUGCUGCUUCUUGCUGGCAGCCGUGAGCUUAACCUCCUGCGCCCGGGCGAAGGAGGAGGAAGAGCAAGAAAAGCAGCGCUCCUGCCACGGUGCCUUUGAUCUCUACUUCGUCCUGGAUAAGUCUGGAAGCGUCAGGAACCAUUGGAUGGAGAUUUACUCUUUUGUGGAAAGCCUGGCUGAGAAAUUCAUAAGUCCAAUGCUGCGCAUGUCUUUCAUUGUUUUUUCCUCACGAGGCACCACGGUCAUGAAAUUAACAGAAAACAGGGAAGCCAUAAGACGAGGGCUCGAGAUUCUUCAGUAUGAAGUGCCUGGAGGAGACACAUUCAUGCAUGAAGGAUUUAAAAGGGCAAAUGAACAGAUUUACCAUGAAACCUAUGGAGGGGUUCGAACUGCUAGUGUGAUUAUUGCUCUGACGGAUGGAGAAUUGCAAGAUGUUCAGUUUUAUUAUGCAGAACAAGAAGCCAACAGAGCGAGAAGCUUUGGGGCUAUUGUUUACUGUGUUGGAGUGAAAGAUUUCAAUGAAACUCAGCUGUCAACAAUUGCUGACAGCAUCGAUCAUGUUUUCCCAGUAACAGGAGGCUUUUAUGCCCUAAGAGGAACCAUUGAUUCGAUUCUCAAGAAAUCUUGCAUUGAGAUCCUAGCGGCUGAACCAUCGAGCGUUUGUGCAGGGGAAUCCUUUCAAGUUGUGGUAAGAGGCAAUGGCUUUUAUCACGCAAGAAAUAUCGACCAGGUACUCUGCAGCUUCAAGCUCAAUGACAGCCUUACUAUCAAUGAAAAGCCGACCGUUGUUCAUGAUACUUAUUUGCUUUGUCCUGCCCCAGUGAUAGAAGAUGCUGGACAGGUGGUUUUCCUACAAGUCAGCAUGAACAACGGGCUAACAUUCAUCUCCAGCUCUGUCAGCAUCACCAGCACACAAUGUAGACUCCCUCCGUUUCCUUUUCUCUCCUAUUUGCUUUUCUGUGAGCGGCAGGCAGCUGGCCUGCUCCACUCUGCUCCCCAGCUGGCUCUUCUGUCCUUUUUUUACAUGGUGAUCAAGGAGCCGCCUCCACCACCACCUCCAGAGCCUGAAUCAGAUGAUGAAGAUGGAUUGCCAAAGAAGAAGUGGCCAACUGUGGAUGCAUCUUAUUACGGAGGCCGAGGUGUUGGUGGAAUUAAGAGGAUGGAGGUGCGAUGGGGAGACAAAGGAUCAACAGAGGAAGGAGCAAAACUGGAGAAGCCCAAAAAUGCUGUUAUUAAGUUGCCAGAGCAGGAAUAUGAGCCAUGGGAACCCAAGCCAAAAAAGCCUCACAUGAGAAAACCCCCUUCCCAGCGGAAAUGGUACACACCAAUCAAGGGCAAGCUUGAUGCGCUAUGGGCUCUGGUUCGACGAGGCUAUGAUCAAGUCUCUCUUAUGAGACCGCAGCCGGGGGAUAAGGGAAGAUGCAUAAACUUCACUCGUGUGAAAUCAGAUGGGACCUCUGCUCCUUACAGCCCACCUCCGAAGCUUCCAAGGCGUGAUGAUAUUCCUCUUAACAAUGCUCCGAGAAGUCCUUCUCCUCCUGUGUCUCUGCAGCCUCCUUCUAGGCAGCCGCCUCCUGGACCACCCCCAUCCCGAGCCCCUCCUGGACCUCCCCCCUCACGUCCGCCCCCCCAGCCCAUUGCUUAGAGUGUGGCAAAACCCUGAUUGACAAAACAUGUCUCUUUGCUGAACACAGCAUAUUUAUUGAGUAUUGGUUUACAGUUAAAGAUAUCAGAAUUUGUUGCUGGUCAGCAAAAAAAAAAAGAAGAAAAAAAAAAAAAGGAAAAUUGCCAAGUGUCAAUUUUAAUGUAUGAAUAUAUUUAUACCACACUUGCUGAGUAAACAUUCAGUGGAUAGAUUCAGAGCUAUGGGAAAUAGAAACAAACCAAAAUGAUCAUCUAGAUACAGUUGCAGCUUUAGUAUGUAUACAUCUGAAGAUCUUUUUACAUAUGACAUUUGUCUGACUUGGUAUGUCAGAUCAUACACUAAUAACUUUAGCCAGAUACAUGCGCAUCAGUUGUUUUGGUAGCUGUCACCUGCAAGUUUGUUUAACAUAGUUCAUUGAAGAAUUUGCUUUUUUUUCUCCCAACAGUACUGCAUCCAGAUGUUAACAUGGAGCAAUAAUUGCAAAGAUAACUUUCUGCCCUUGAUUCUGCAGGUGGAAUUUCCAUGAAAAUUUAAAUUAAUGAGGUAAAAUGAGAUUAUGUGCCAAUGAUCUAGCUUUAAUAGUCUGUCAUAGAGGAGUAUCUUUUUGUCCUGAGGAAAAUCAGUAUUGAACCUGCUAUCUCUGUGUAUAGUUCAUAGAGUAGUUAUUGAAAGUCAGAUGUUAGUUCUAGAAAUCCAAACCCUGAACAAGACCUGGGUUUACAUUUGUCCAAAUUUCAGUAGCAUUUAGAGCAAAAUAUUUUGGGUCAGUGUUCAGUUUUCAUUUGCACAAAACAUGCUCCAAAAUGGAAGAAAAACAUAUGUAACUUAAGCAUGACUGCUACCAUAUGCAAACAGCACCUGUUUUAUAUAUAUAUAUAUCAGGAGCAUACAGGAAUCAAUUCCAUUGCCAUUUAAUCAUUGAGAAUUUUCCUUCUGAUUUCUUGAUCCUCUUGUGGUUCAAAUAUGAACCCCCCAAUGAAUAUCUUUCUUUAGAUAGCCCAGAUCCCACUAACAUGUAACCUUGCAGUCUACCUGUGGAAGAGGGUGACACAGAGUGUUGUGUCAAUGUUAACUUUUCCCCUGUUCUCUGUGAUGUUUGGCUGGGGGCCUCCCAAACAUUGGGACUACUUGCUGAUGAUCUUAAUUGUGUGCCAUGCAAAAGUGAUGUGAGCACCCACAUAGAGGUGGGAAUUUAUGACGCGGGACUGUGGGACAGCCCAUGAAUUGUGUUUGCUAAGUGACACCUGAGUGGGUUGCACCCAGAUCAUUCCCUAGUGAAUCAGAGUAACACCCAAGCUUGUUUUUUUUCUCUUCUCACCAAUUAGAUGGUAUUGGAGAGGGUGGCUGCAGCUCUGUGUGCUGGUUAGCAGUGUCACUUGACUGUGUUACUAGGACAGUUGUAGAAACUUUGUCUAUGCUGUGUUACGACACAGCAUUUACUUAUCUCUCCAUCUCUGUGUAGGUGUGGGUGUACAGCACAUCACGCUAGUUAUUGGCAUGUAACUCAAAGAUAAAACACUAAUUGUAUCAUGCAGUUACUCCAGGUUUAAGGCCUCUUCAUGCUGUUGCUACAGGAAUAUGAAGUUGUGCUGGUACAGAUAGGAAUCAGGCUUACUACUUCCACUGGAAGUCCCAUGUGCAGAAUGCAAUACCAAGCUCUCAUCAGUCUAUGCUGAUCGCUGUGACAUGCCGCGUGUAUGCAGCUGGGGCUGUUAAAGAUUAAAUUCAGAAGAACCACAGAGUCUCCUCCUCCUCCUCUUACGCUGCUCUGCUCUCUUGAGUUAUGCUCUUACCUCAUGUAUAUUGGUGCAGGUAGUGGAAUCACACUCACUGGUGCCAGCUGGCCUUGGAGCUGUUCUUGAUUAAGGCCUGGGCCAGCAAAGCACUUCUGCAUGCGUUAAAAUGUCCUGCAGGUCAAGAGGAAAACAUCCUUAUGCCCAAGUACUUUGCUGACCUGUGACUUCUUCGUGAUCGGAAAGGAUAAUUGGGAUGUACUCAGCCCUAUCCUCAUUCUUUUUAGUCACUUGAACGGGGUCUGCAUAAUCUGGUCCAUAAGAAUGGAUUUCUGUUGGGAGGAGAAGUGUGUGUUUUUGUGCGGGAACCGUGUAGGUUUCUCUUUGGUUUCUCUUCCUUUACAAAAUUUGCUCGGAGAGUAGCACUCCCAUGAAUGGAAAGGCCUUUUGCAGCCAGUGCAACACUUGGUCAGUCAUCACUUGCUUAUCUCUAUUCCUUUCAUUCGAAAGGUUAAAACUAAAAUGCGUCCAGUUUUUCAUUGCAGUUCUGCUGAAGCUCCGCUUCUGACACCAGUGAAAGUAACUGGAUUGUUCCAGGGAGGGGACAGGGACCUGGACGUGGGGGAAGGUGCUUUGCAAGCAGAGAUCAUUAUCUCAUCUUAUUGUGAUCAUAUGGAAGCCUACAUAAAAUAAACUUGCUAGGUCUGAGCCCUGUUCUCAUGCAUGCAUGCAGUUGACCCUGACAGUCUCUCAUGUUGGCAAUCUAAGAAAAAUUAGGCAAUAAAUUCUAGCCAGGAAUUGAGGUGGCAGAGGGUAAUAAAUCCCCCUGCCAGGGUAAAAAAUGUCUUAUGAGAUUCAGCUGCCUGUAGGAAUAGGCAGACCUCUGCUAUAUCUGUGCUAUAUGUAUGUAUAGAAUACCAUCUUAGAUGCCAAGUCUUUCAUCAGCAGGCAGGGAUGGGUUUGACACAAUGGUGAAGCUCACAAAUGGUGGUAAGGAGCCAGUAACACAAAGCAAAAAUUUGUUUACAAAAUUAGUAACUGCUAAUAAAGUUGAAUUGAUGGAUCAAGAGUAAACUUGAGCAAAUGAAAAAGAGCCCGUAGGCCAGCUUCUGUCUUGUCUUGGUCCUGUGUGGUUCUCAAGGGGAGUCAGUAGAGACCUCUUGCUGCAGAUUUGCACUGUUGUUAAAUGCAAAUGCAAAUCUCACCUUCAGUGAGAAUAGAGGUGUUGACUUGGGAAGGGCUUGUCACAAUCAAACAUUCAGCGUGCCUGUUGUUUCUAGUUGAGGUGAAUUUUCUUCUUUUCUAGAAUAUGUCUUAUCUUGCAGAGAUAGCAGUUACUAACAAUUUCUGUGUAACUUGUUAAGUACAGCAGAGGCAGUAAGUAAUGUGAUUUGGGGUUCCAGGUAAUUAGGUCCAUAUAUGAUAGAGUAGGAAGCACCGCAGAGUUGAAAAUUACGUUCGGUGUAAAUGGAGCUUUCAGCAUCCUCACUAUACGAAAUUAGGCAGCUGGUGUAUAACUCAAGUUUUUCCUGCAGCUUCUGCAAUGGGAGCACUGCAGGUUUAGGUUAUAGUCUGUAGGUAAAGUGGGAAGAAGAGAAAGUGAAACAGACUGACUUGCCUUUGCAAAGUGAGUGGGGCAGUGAAUACACUGCACUGGCUACAGAAAGGCCUUCUGGCUUUGUAAACGUGUGUCCGUUUGUAGUGAUCUCAGGCACUAUAACAAUGCAAAGGAGAAACUGGUGGCUAUUGUAUAGUCUACUGAGCUUGAUCCUCACCUGGUGUAAAUUAACAUAGGCCAACCAAAGUCAAGGCUAGCGUCUGUCAGCUGAGGACUGGCUCAUAAUAAAUGAAGGGACAAAAUCCCUCUAACUGGCUCGAUGUUUGAAUGUGUUUGUUUUGGUAUGCUUGUCGGCCAGUUGUGAUUACAAUAGUUGCACUGCUAAAAAAUGUUCUCAUGUGGGAUUAUUCCCCGGUAUUUUCAAGCUCAUAAGCGUCAUUUGAAACCUGCAGAAAGUUAGUAUCUAAUGUUUUGCCUCAUCCAAGUGAAAAACAAGGAUUCGGGGGACCUUUGGCUCACACUUAGCACAAAUGUGAAAAGACACAAGGUGCAAAGCAGCAGGGAGCAAAAACCCCAUGUGAUUAAAGCUGAUACAGAACCACAUUGAUCAAAGCAUGUUCAUGGCCAUCUUUCAACCUCAGUGCAUGUAUUGCCAUCUGUGGGAGUUGGCUGCAGAGCAGACGGCCCCUGUUAAAAGGAGAAGAAAAAAAAAGAAUCAGCUCCUCAUCUGAAUGAGCGCGUAUAACAGUGAAUGACAUUAUUUCAUGAACUGUACCAGUUCAAAUGCAUGUGCACCUGGUGCUCCUAAUGCUUUUUACUCCUGUUGGUCUUUAGACAACAUGAUCAGUAAUAGGCUUUCUCUCUUAAAUGUUUGCUGUUUUGAUUGUUGUUAUUUUGUUUUUGUUUUUGUUUUAAAAACACAACAUUUCACUGAGAAAACAGCCCUACUUCUGUAAAUAUAGAGUUUAAUUUGGAGGAGACAGCACACUUCUGGAUGUUACUGCUGGACAGUUAUUUAUUAAAAGGGGCUUAAGGUGAAUAAAUACAGGCGGCUCAGGAUACAUGCAUGCAAGUGUGAUAAUGCAGCAUAGCAUUUUCAGUUCUCUGUAGUUUUGGGGGAAGGGGAAUUUUAGGGUCAUCCUAGUAUGUUUAGAAGUUUGUUACUGAUCUGAUACUUUUGAAUAAUGCAGUAGAGAUUUGUAACAUUUAAGUGCUUGAACAGAUGUGUAGAUUAUGAUAGAUUUUCAUUUCGGGGGGUAGUGGAGGAAAAACUUUUUUUAGUUUUUAAAGGAAAAAAAACGUACUGUACUAAACUUUUCUAGAAAAUGUUUAUAUUUUCAGAAAUAGUGGGGAUGUGGGCUCAUAGGCAGCCAGGGCAUGGAGAUGAGGGACAGAGGAAGCAGUUAGAUUAUUGAAGGUCAAGGAAGUUUUACAUGGGGGUAUGGGUUUGUUACUGGUACAUGUGGUACAAGUUUCUGUAACUAACAUGCAGCUUCCAUGUUAUAGUUGUAUAACCUUUAUGCAUUUUAAGCGCCUGCUCCAUUUUUCUGAGAAAACCUUGCAAAUGUAAUACCUGCAUGAAAAUGUGGGAGGUGUAGCCAACGUCUUAUAAUCCAACAUAAUGUAGUCUUAAUGGAUUCAAAAUGAACAAUAAAAAUACUUACUGGUUAAAUA